CGCCGACUGAUUACGUAGCGGGCGGGGCCGGAAGUGCCGCUCCCUGGUGGGGGCUGUUCAUGGCGGUUCCGGGGUCUCCAACAUUUUUCCCGGUUGUGGUCGUAAUCUGUCCGAAGCGGAGGCAGUGGAGCUUGCGGUUCUUGCUGGUGUGAAAUGACUGAGUACAAACUGGUGGUGGUUGGAGCAGGUGGUGUUGGGAAAAGCGCACUGACCAUCCAGCUAAUCCAGAACCACUUUGUAGAUGAAUAUGAUCCCACCAUAGAGGAUUCUUACCGAAAACAGGUGGUUAUAGAUGGUGAAACCUGUCUGUUGGACAUACUGGAUACAGCUGGACAAGAGGAGUACAGUGCCAUGAGAGACCAAUACAUGAGGACAGGCGAAGGCUUCCUUUGUGUAUUUGCCAUCAAUAAUAGCAAAUCAUUUGCAGAUAUUAACCUCUACAGGUUGCUGCCGUCACAGCAAAACUCAGUUCUGCAGAUAGCCAGUGAAAUGCGUUUCAAGGAACAGAUUAAGCGUGUAAAAGACUCAGAUGAUGUACCUAUGGUGCUAGUAGGAAACAAGUGUGAUUUGCCAACAAGGACAGUUGACACAAAACAAGCCCAUGAACUGGCCAAGAGUUAUGGGAUUCCAUUCAUUGAAACCUCAGCCAAGACCAGACAGGGUGUUGAGGAUGCCUUUUACACACUGGUAAGAGAGAUACGUCAGUACCGAAUGAAAAAACUCAACAGCAGUGAUGAUGGGACUCAAGGUUGUAUGGGGUUGCCGUGUGUGGUGAUGUAACAAGAUGCUUUUAAAGUUCUAGCAUCAGAAAAGAGCCACUGUCAAGCUGCACUGACACCCUGGUCCUGACUUCCCUGGAGGAGAAAUAUUCCUGUUGCUAUCUUCAGUCUCACAAAGAAGCUCCUGCGAUUUCCCCAACUCUCAGUAGAUCAGGAUAAUAUUCUCUGUUUGAGAAGUUCUCGGAAUAACUACCUCCUCACUUGGUUGUCUGACCGGAGAAAUGAACCUCUUGUUACUCCCAGUAUUUUUCCACCCUGGGUUCUCCCCUAGCACACACAGAUACACCUCUGCCCCACCAGGUUUUUCAUCUGAAAAGUAAUUAAUGCUCUGAAACAGAGAACCAACUGUAGAAACAUGAAAUUCUGUAGAAAACAAUGUCUUGAGCUCUAAAGUAGCAACUGCUGGUGAUUUUUUUUCCUUUUUACUGUUGAACUUGGAACUGUGUUGGUUUUUGGAAAAAUAUAAAUUACUGUUUUGCUGAGAAUAUAGUUAAUGUUGCUGUUUGGUUUGUUUGUAAUGUUAUCAGCUAUAUUCUAUAAACUGGCAUCUGCUCUGUAUUCAGAAAUACAAAAUGAAUACUGACUUUUUGAGUCUAUCCUCGUCUUCUCGACUUUCUUAUAAUUAAAUCUAACUUUCACAAUGAAGUGCCUUUUUCCUGGAAGUGGUUUGUAGACUUCCUUUACAAUCCUGCAGUGGAAUAGAUGUCUCAGAAACCAUUAUACAUGAAAAUGAAUGUCUGAGAUAUGUCUAUGACCCAUUUAGCUUUGAGGGAAAAAUAUACCAAUAUGAUAGCAGAUGCCAUAUCUUACAUGUACGAAGUUGAUUUUCUAGAGACCUGUUUUGGGGCUCUCCCAUGAGAAAGAUGAGACUAUAAACUUAGGAAUAAUUUCACUUAAUUUUUACCUAAUCUCCACUUUUUUUUUUUAGUAGUUUACUACCUGCAAAAUGUAUAUAAUUUGUUUCUUCCAGCUUACUGAUAAUCUAAUGUUCAAUGAAUUUCCAUUUAUAUUUAAAUUUGGGUCAUAUCAGAACAUCUGUGCUUGCAGGUGUUCAAAAUUUUAAAAAUUUGAUGCAGUUUUAUUUAAUAGCUGUGAUCAAUAAUUCUCAAGGCUCAAAUAUGUUAAGACACAUUUUCACUGCACAUCAUGGUAAUUAUUGAUGUAUAUAAGUGCCCCUCACCCCAUCCCCUUCUCACCCCACUCUCUGCCCUUCACCCCAUAGCAGUGGCUUGGUUAAUUAUUUCAGUUGAGUAAAACAUGGUGCUAACAGACCAGAGUCACAGUUUCAAAACUUCGGUGAGCCAGUUAGCAUCACAGAGAGAGAAAUCCUUCCACAUUUGCUCAUGGCACCAUUAACUCCAGCUAGUAGUUCUUCUAGAUGCAUGUGGUUAGUCCCACAAGGAAAGAAGAGGUCAAUUAGCACAAAUUCUUAACCAUGACUGGGAAGACUUGUCAUCCUGAGAAGGGUCAGCUUAGACGCUUUAUAAAUAAAGGAUCUAGACUCUGUUUUUAGCCACGUGGAAACCAAAUUAAGCCAGUAUUUUUUCUCAUGUGUCUGAGAAUGCGGAUGCCUGAGAUCAAAGUUUUUAAAAUUUUCUUCAUUGGUAAUGUUCUUCGAAGGGUUUAAAACAGAACGUUGAUGAAUUGAUCUGGGCAUACCAGACAACAAGCUGAUGAGUGUGUUCUGAACAAGAAGUAGCCUUUGGAGUGAAAUUGCUGUUUGAGAAGGGAAUAGAAAAUAUAAUUAAUAGUUAUGAGGAUUUGGAGGCUUGGCUUUUCCAUUGCAGUUAAUAUCCUGAUAAUUCUAAUGAGUAAGAGAUAACUUUUGAUAAAAAAAAUAGUUCCAAAAUGGCCACUUUGUUCUUCUAAUGUGUAAAUACUUACUGAGGUCCUCUAUCUUUGAAUAUGAAUUUUCAUUUAUUAAGCAAAUUCCACGUUGUCUUGAAAUGAAUUCAGAAGAGAAGAAAAAACACACUGUACCCAGAGAAUGAAAAACCCAGAAAAUUGUGCUCCUUAGUGUUAAUUCUGAGACCUUUCACAGUCCACGCCGGUAAACAGGAACUUUCUGCCACUUUGCUUCUGCUCUUCUUGGAUCAUUGCUUUGUCAUUUUCUUGAGGAUAGAUUGAGGCUUUUCACCUCGGUUGUCAUUGUCUUCCUCCUCUUCUUCCUCUUGUCUAUGUGACUGACAGUGUGAUUCUUAUGUCAGAUUAGGGGGAAAAAAUAACUCAUUUUAGGCUCUUGUGCCCAUUACCCUUGUAUGUUUAUAUCUUUUAAUUUUCUUAAGUAUGUUCUAAGCACAGAAGUAUGUAAAUGGGGCCAAAAUUCAGACUUGAAAAUGUUCUUUUAAGAGCUUCAUAAAAAGUUCCACUUUGGUGUGAAUUUUGGCACAAGAGUGGCAAACUGACAGUUAAACGCUGAAUAACUUCAGUUAGUGUGGUAUAAGAUAGUUUUUAGAAUAUGUUUGUGAUUGCAGAAAAUGGUUGUAGUGUACCUCAAAAUCUGAAAGUCUCUUCCCCCAAGUUAAGUGCCUGGCCAGCUGUCAUAAAUUACUUAUUACUUUAUGUCUGUUUGUUUUUUAAAGGUUGCAUGUUCAAGAUUGUGAAAAUAAGGUGUUCUGUCUGAAGGUUACCAUGCCUGUCUGUAAAUGAGUCUGUUGAGUGCUGUAUUUGCUCCAACAGCUUACUAGAGAAUGCUACUUGGUAACAUCAUACUUACUACAGUUUUCACUUCAGGAGUGUAAUAGGUAAAAUUACCCUUAAUAUGUGUUGUAGUGGGCCCCAUGUUUAGUCUUUCAUCAUCCUUUAAACUGCUGUGAAUUUUUGGUCUUGACUUGAAAGCAAGGAUAGAGAAACACUUUAGAGAGAGAUUUCGUUUUUUUUUCCAUUCCAGAAUUUGUGAGCAUAGUCGUAUUUUGCUUUACAUUUACAGUCGUGAACUCUUAAGCUGGCAGCUACAACCGAAAACCAAAAAAGGGUGCAUUCUGCUUCUUGUAAUUCAUCUCUGCUAAUAAAUUAUAAGAAGCAAGGAUAAUUAAUUAGAGAAGGUAUUUUAUUUGCGUGGUUUCUGUGAACAAGGGGCUAUAAUUCUUGUACGUUAUUUUUCAUCUUUGCUGUUUCUUUAAGACACCUAAUGUGCCACAAAAUUAUUUUAAGGUGUUUCUUAUAAGAAUUGUUUUUAAAGUAUUCUCGUUAUCAGAGUAACUGUAGAUAUAUUUCAAAAUAUAACUGGUAAUUUUUAAAGGCCUGAGUACUGACCUAAGAAGCAAUUGUAUGAAUUCUCUGGAGGGAAGGGAGGCUCUCAAUGGAAGUUGUGUGACUUUUAUAUUUCUGUGCCAUUAAAUAUAGGUAAAAAAUGUCAGUUGUGCAGUUCUGCUGUUUAAACAGGAACUAUUGGCCUCCUUGGCCCUAAAUGAAAGGGCUAUUUUAAGUUGACUAUUUUAUUAUAAAUUAAUCCAUCCUAAUUUUUUUUUAAUUUGGUUGAAUGUUUUUCUUGUUAAAUGUUUAAAAAAUAAAAACUGGAUGUUCUUUGCUUAGUCAUAA